AUGGCUCCCUCCUUCUCAGAGAAAGAUCAGCAGUUCCUCACCAAUGUAGUCCAGUGUUUCGAGGGUGGUUCAUGGCCAAAGAUCGACUACAAAAAGCUCGCGCCACUCAGCGGCUACAAGACUCCCGCCUCCGCCACAACAGCCUGGCACAACCUUCGCAAGAAACUCGAGGCAGGUCAAUCACGUGGCGAGGGUGAGGGUGAAGGUGAAGGCGAGGCCGCUGCCAAAAUCGAGAAGACCCCCGCCAAGAAGCCCGGUGGUCGCAAACGCGCGGUCAAGAGUGAGGAGGAGGAGGGCGAAGACGAGGUCGCUAAUGAAGCUAGUCCUAAGAAGCGUGGCCGUAAGGCUAAAGUCGAAGUUGUUGUUGCUACUGCUGCUGAUGAGGAGGGUGGCGACCAGGAGGCGAACGCUGAGCUUGAGGUUGAAGUCAAGCCAGUGGCGGGCAAGAAGAAGGGUGGAAGGCCGCCGAAGAAGGCUGCUGCUUCUAAGAAGGAUGUGAGCGAUGAAGCUGUGAAGACUGAGCAGGUUGAUGGCGAGGCCGAGAUGAGGGAGAAGGCUCCUGCUGUUGAGGCUUCUAAGAAGAAGGGUGGGCGGCCCAAGAAGGCUGCCCCUGCUGUUGCCGCCACUACCGACAACAUCAAGGAGGAAGACAAGGAAGCCGACUACAACGCCGACACCACUGACGCCGCUCCUGCCACCUCGAUCGAGAAAGAGAAGACUCCUGCCUCUGAGGCCAGCACCAAGCGCGGCCGUGGUCGUCCUGCCAAGAUGGGUGGUGCUGCUGCUGGCAGGGGUGGCAACAAGAUCGGUACUGAGGUGGAGGGUGCCAAGGAUGCUGGCGAUGCUGACGUCGAGGCUGAGGCUGAGGCUGGUGAGCAAGUCGUGGAAGAGGCUAUCAAUGGGGAGGUCGUAGUUGGCACGAUCGAAGGUGAAGCUGCUGCGACUGAGGUCGCUGCUUGA